UCAGGUUCGGUGCCUGGCCAUGGAUGCAUCUCAGAUACGAACCUUGACUCUGGAGUUGCAGGCCAAGGAUGUGAAGAAGCAGCAGAAGGCCUUGAAGACUUUGCAAAGCCUUGUCAGCAAGGGAAGCACUAUCGCUCCUCUGCUCCCAAUAGUUCUAGAGCUCGUGGAAGAACAAGCACUACGACAGGAUGCUAUCCAAGUGCUUGCAGCGAUCCUCGCACUCCCAAGUGCCAGAGAAGAGUGUAGCAACUUUUCUGGCGUUGUUGGGACCCUGCUUCAAAUCUUGACCAAAUGCGAUCCGCGUGGGGUUGUGGUGAUCCUCUCAUCUCUGGAGCAACUACUUCCGGAGGACAUUGUGCAGAUGCUGAGGAUAGUGGAUCCUGAGACUCUCAUGAGGCGUGCUUUGGCACAGCCAGCUGCAACGAGACCCAUGGUCUUUAAGACCUUCGGGAGCUGUUUGGUGAAGUGCUGGCCAUGCGUGGCAGCUGGCUAUGACGAAGAGCUGCCAAAUACAUGCGUUGAAGCGCUGCGCAUGGCCUUCGCCGUGUUAGCCUCGGAGUCAGAGGAUCUGGUCUUGGCAUCUGCUGCGGUGUUGGAUCAGUUGAUGAGUUCCUACCUGGGAUGCGUGGGGUCCAUGGCACCCAUGGCACUGGUGGCUUUCUUCCACCCGGCGUGGGAGUUCCGGCCGAUCUACGCCACGCUUCUGAUGGAGGUCCUGAGAGAUCUGCGGCUGGCGCUGCCAAGGCUGAUCAUGUUGAGAGAUCCCGCCAGUGACGCGGCCACCUUGGCCACCGAAGCUGGCGCCUUCCGCGCCUCCCUGUUGUGGUUCUUCGCCUUUGGCGGGGGUCUGGCGCGCAAUGCGGAUGGAGGCCACGAGUCGAUGCUGUUGGUGGACUUGGGGAAAAGGUCAGCUGCUCCCAAGCUUGUGGAACUCCCAGCACCACCUGAAGAGCUGAGCUCCAAGCUGCGCCAAUGCUCCAGCGCUGCAGGGGCCGCAGGGGCCGCAGGGGGCUGGGGUGCAGCCUUCGCCAGCGCCAGGGCGCAGCUGGUGCAGAUGCUGUGCCUGUUGUGCUACAGUUCCGACACAAUGCAAUGCCGCAAUGCUGUCCUGACCACCUGUGAAAGCCUCUUGCAGCUGGGUGAAGCAUUGCGACAAAGCCUUCUCCGGUACUUCUUGGCCGAAUGUCUUAGUAGUGCCAUCGCGCUCUGGCAUGUCAUGGGAAGAGAUCUACGACCAGGUGCAGCAAUGAACCAUCGAGCCUGUGACAUUUGUGGCCACGCCUUGUUGAUGGGAUCCACCUUGGUUCCACAAAGCUCUGCCAGUGCGCCGCGCUUGUUGCAGCUCAUGGUGAUGGCUGCCAAAGUCUUCGUGUCACGUGCAAGUUCAGCAGCGGAUCUGGACCUGCUGCCGGCUGCUGCUAGAAAGAUGGGACACGAGAAGGUACCACCCGUGGCGGUGGCAGCAAUUUGCCGUGCAUGUUGGAGUCUGAAAGAGAAGAAUCCGCGAAGUUUGGUGGAGGGCCUUGUGCAAAGACACCUUCUGACUUUUCUGCUGGAUAUGGUCUCAGAAGAUUCUGGCAAACCGCAAGCAUCAGCUUGGCUGCUGAUUGCGGUGGCGAAAAUGAUGGGGGCUCAACCUGCUUUGGUCGAUGUCUUCAACCGGGGCGAGUUGCUUGGGAAGGCACCUGCUAUGCUUCUUGCAUCCGCUUUGUUGGAUGACGGCACUCAGAACUUGACUCAAAGCUCUCGAUCCAACAUGGCAGAGGUGCUGCGACAAACCGACCUGGCCUUCAGUGAGUGGAGCAGCUACCGUGACCGCGUGGCACAAGCGCUGCAAGGCCCAAGUGCGUCGGGUCAGGCUUCCACGGCCCUUGUGGCUUCGGGGGCAGCGAACUUUGCCCGCUGGCUUCAUUUGAUGAGAGACUCUGACGGGCGAUUUAUGGUCGAGUCUCCACAGAGAAUCUCUUUAUCCGGGCCUCCGGUGUUUGUCUAUGCCCAGCCGAUCAUCAGCUGGGUGCAAUCAAGCUGCCAUGUCACAUUGCGAAUAGAUCUCUACAAUGCCACAGCGUUGAGCAUUCGAGAUGUGCGAGUGAACUUGUCCAUCAGCCGCCAGUCUCGCAUGGGAGAACGGCCGGAGAAGACGGGAGGCUGGCACUUUCUUGAAGGUUUGUUGCGGCCUUUGGCGAACACUUCAUUGGAAUCCAUCACAUGCCGAAGCACAGCAAGUGUAUGGCGCGACCUCUAUUUGCAUUUCCCUCCAAAACCCCUCAGUCUGUCGCUGUCCCUGAGUUAUGGCAAGAUCAUGCCCGAGAGCACUUUGUCGGGCCUGACGCCAGCCAGCACUCCCAUGACUGGUGCUGGAGCGGAAGAUCUUUGGAGCGAUGAGGAAGAUGAAGACAACAGCCGGUUGCGCUUCAGAUGCCUUCCCAUCUCCGGAUCCUUGUCCUGGUAUUUCGUGCCCUUCCUCGGCUUCGACUGCGAGAACAAGGUCUUCCCACCGCCAUUGAUCUUUGCCGCAUGUCCUCACAGCAAGAUGCACAAUGCCAAGGAGCUGGGCAUCCCGCAGAACUGGGCUAUCAAGGGCUUUCGGCAGAUACCUCCGUCUGAGAUUGGUGGUCGGGCUCGGCAAGACUGCCGCUGUUUUGCAGGCAUCGGCUGUGAUGCUGAGAGCCUUCUGUGCUUCAUUUUGCGACCGGAAUCAACGCUGGAAGUGCGCUCCAAUAACGAGUGGCUCCUUCAAGCGGUCACAGCAGAUUUGAUGUUCUGGCUGUUGGCUGAUGAACAAACGCUUGACAAUUCAAGUGAUCAAAAAGAACUGGGCGACCAGAUGGAUCACAAUGAGGAGCCUCUGGGCCAGGUGGAGGAUGCGAGAGUGACUCGUCAGGGUCGAUAUAGCGCUUGGCUGAAGAAGGCGAAGAGUGAGAAUGCACGGUGUAAGCUGAUUCAAAGUCACAACACGCGGUAUUUCACCAUCGACUUUGAUUCGCAGAUCAUAUUCUACUCUCACUCAACAUCGCAGAAGAAGGUCUCACAACCCAUUCCUUUUAGGGACAUCCUGGGUGCCGAGCGGCUACCAUUACCGACAAAAUGUCGAAAGAGCAAAACUGCAAUGAUUUUCGGCUUCAUUCUGAAGACCAAACCAAGGACCUUUGAGUUGUUUACGAAUAGCAGUACUGAUGCUGCGCAGUGGACAUUUUCGCUGAAUGCAGCGAUGGAGAUGGGCAAGCUGAAAUGCCUGGAGCAACUGAAGGUGCUUCAGGGGCAACAGGCUGAGGUGCGGAAUCAGGAUGAGGGAGCGUCUUUAGUACGCACUGCGCCUCAGACUGCUGCCGUCUCAGAGGAUGAGAAAGAGGCUUCACGACUGAAACAGGAGCGUCCGGCUACUGAAGUGGAGCAGGAGAUGGCACAAGAAGCAGCGGCUGCAAGAAGAAAGCAGGAAGAGGAAGCAGCCAGACAGAAGCAGGAAGAGGAAGCAGCUGCCAAAAAGAAGCAGGAGGAAGAGGAAGCAGCUGCUAAAAGGAAGCAGGAGGAAGAGGAAGCAGCAAGAAAGAAGGAGGAAGCGGCUGCUAAAAGGAAGCAGGAAGAAGAAGCAGCUGCAAGAAGGAAGCAGGAAGAGGAAGCAGCCAAACAGAAGCAGGAAGAGGAAGCAGCUGCUAAAAGGAAGCAAGAGGAAGAGGAAGCAGCAAGAAAGAAGGCUUGGCCGUCCAGUGUCAAGUGCAUCAAGUCUCUAUGGGUCUUUCAAAGGAAAAGUGAACGCAGUUCCUCUGUGGCCAUUUUGUGUGAGGAAGAGGAAGCAGCCAAACAGAAGCAGGAAGAGGAAGCAGCUGCUAAAAGGAAGCAAGAGGAAGAGGAAGCAGCAAGAAAGAAGGAGGAAGCGGCUGCUAAAAGGAAGCAGGAAGAAGAAGCAGCUGCAAGAAGGAAGCAGGAAGAGGAAGCUGCUGCAAGAAAGAAGCAGGAAGAGGAAGCUUUGGCACGACAGACUGAGGCGGAUGCUGCUCGAAAAGAGGCAGCAUCUCCCGAAGGCGAGCCAAGCAUUGAAGCAGUGGAGGAUCUGUCCGACGUAAAGGUGGGCAUCCAGGAUCUCCUCCAAGAUGCAUUUGAGUCCACGACCAAAAAAGGGACCAACGAAGCAGGCGUCCUUGUUGAGGCUUUGGCCAUUUUUUUGGCUCAGGACGUUGAUGACGCAGGUGAUGCGUCCGAGUGGAAGGAGAUGAUGAGAUUGGAAGAUAUGCAAAAAGCGAAGAGUAAAAAGUCCGAAGGAAAGCAUGAGAAGCGCGAGAAGAAGCGGCAAAAGGAAGAGGCAAACCAGGCGAACCAGGCGAACCAGGAGUUGGUUCCUGAAGGCCGUCCCACCGAGGAGCUGAGAAAGAUGGAAGUAGCGGCUCUAAAGUCACGUCGAAGGGCUUUUCUCCAAAGAUGAGGUACAUGUAUUUUACCGCCAAUAGAUGGUGUUUUAGUGGGACAAUGGCAUAGAAACUCUUGGACAUUUUCACAAAAUGAUCAUGGCAAUACUUUAAUGGGAAAGCAAUCCAAUGGAAAUAUGGGGUCAGUGCCAGGAAUUGCCUCCAUUAAAGCCUC